AUGCCUUACCUCCCAAACGUGAACUCGUACCUGCAUCAGUCCGCCCUUUUGCUUCAAGCAUACCCUACCACAACCCGUAUCACCACAAAAUACUCUCUGCCACGAAAGCGCAAAACAAAGCUUUCAGUAGGAGAAAUUACAGGACAGCCAGAUACCUCUUCAGACACCGCAGGUAGGAGAAGAGCUGGGCGCGAGCACCAAACCCAUGCUGCAACACUCACCAUCAAAACCUAUGAGACCACGUCUGGGAUAUGCUUGAAAUAUGAAACAAACAAGUCGGCGGAAGUGGGAAGAUUGAUGACAGGUCUCGGCAAGUUGGCCAAGGGGGAGAUAACUGAAGAACCAAGUGUCCCAGCUGUCGGCGUGGAGACAAUAGAGGCUAAGACCGAGCAGAGUAUGGAUAUCACCGCUAUGCCAGCGAAGAUGGAAAAGGUCCCGGAAGCAGUUGGUGGAGGUGGGAAGGCCAAGAAGAAGAAAGGCAAGAAAUGA